GGAUGUUCAAAUGGAUGCGCAAGAACACACCUUAUGUUUUUACAUCAUGGGAUCGCCCUUCUAUAAAGUUUGUUCGUAUAGCACUCAUUUGUGACUUACAUACUUACAGGUUGUUCACAUUGUUGACAUUACAUUCUAUUGCAUUUUAUUGAAUUCAAAGUUGGAGGGAAUCUCAAGAAAUCUCCGUUCGUGACAAUUCAUUGUUGAUCGCUGUUCAUUGUUGUUGUUAAGUAGUUUCAUUGUUUUAAUUAAUCGUGGCCAGUUUAUUGCUAGCGAGUAAUCUGAACUCGUUAUCGUUGAACAAUGUCACGAAUAAGAAGGCUUUCCAUUCGUGGUAUUCGUAAUUUCGGCGACGGAGCCGAGGAAGCACAGAUUCGUUUCUCCCGGCCUCUGACACUAAUUUUCGGUCCAAACGGCACUGGAAAAACUACAAUUAUCGAAGCUCUCAAAUAUGCGACUUGUGGCGAAUUUCCUCCUGGUUCAGAUCGAGGAAAAUUCUUUAUUCACGAUCCACAUUUAUCAGUGGCUUCAACAGUGCGGGGCGUUGUAAAAGCUGAAAUAAUUGAUAGCCAUGGUAAUGAGUAUACAGUGUGCAGAACAAUAUCCUGUUCAAAAACAAAUACAGCAGUAAAAUUUCAGACUCUUGAUAAUACAUUCAGUAGAAAACUAAAGGGUUCUGAUAAAGUGGUUUCAGUCACAAAUCGAUGUGCCGAUAUUGAUGCAGAAGUCACAUUGACGAUGAACGUCUCUAAACCUAUUUUAGAGUAUGUAAUUUUCUGUCACCAAGAAGAUCUUAACUGGCCUUUCCUAGAAGGCAAGAAGUUAAAGGAAAGAUUUGAUGAAAUUUUUGCUACUUCCACAUACAACAAAGCUCUUGAAAAUAUAGCGAAAUUAGUCAAAGAAACGAAACAGGAGAUCCAAAUAUUACAAGAGCAAAGGAAGAAUUGUCAGAUGACCGUGAAUGAAGUCGAAAGCAAAGAAAAUAAUCUUAAGGAUCAUAAGGAACGAUUGGAAAGAUGCAAUAGCAAGAUUGAAGAAAUCAAUAGAAAAUUGGAACCUUUGAACAAUAAUAUUAAAAAGCUGGAGGAGUUGUCUGCUCGAUAUAAUGAUCUGAAAGCUGAAGAAAAAAAGACAAAGGCUGAAUACGACAUAUACAAGCAACAAUUGGAAAAACUGAAAGGAGAGAUUAGAAUGUACAUAUUUGAAGGAAGUACAGAAGAAUUGUUAGACCAUAUAAGUUCAUAUAAUGAAAAAUCGGAGAAAAAAGAUCUCGAAGUGGAAGAGGCUGACAGGAAAUUAAAAGAUAUUGCUGGCAAUGAAAAGAAAAUAACAGAUACGUUACUUAAUGAAAAAGUAAAUAUAAAUUAUGUAAAACAACAAAUGAGAGAACAAGAGACGAAAAUUGCACUUCGUAAUACAAUGUUGAACGAGGCAUUGUCUGCUUGGAAUCUUGACAAUGCUGGGGACGAUAUAUCAGAAUUAGAACUGGCAGUCCUGUAUAGAAGAUUGGAGGAAAAAUUGACGGAAUUGAACUCGACAUUAAAAGAAAAGAAAAUGCGAAGGGAGCAAGAGGAAAAAGAACUGCAAAAAGUAGUCGAUGAUUUCCGUAGCGAAUAUUCGAAGUUAGAUUCGGAAAGGAGUCUCAAGGAAAGUGAAAUAGCCGAGACAGUACAGGAAAUUAGUGAAAUCAAACUAGAACUUGAAAAGUUUGUGCGAGCAGCACAGAAAUUAAAUACUAUUGAAGAGAAAAUAAAAAAAAUACAAGAGAAGAUCGAUCGAUUAAAUGAAACGAUGGAUGUGGAUGCAGAGAAGAUGAAAUUAUCUGAAAAAGUUAAGAUUCGAAACGAAACUGAAUUACUUUUGAACAAAGUCGAUGAAGAAAUAGCUUCAUUAUUAAAACUAAGUUCGCUUCAAGCUGAAUUGGAAUUAAAUAAAUCUAGCUUGUGCGAUAAAGAGACAGAAUUAGAGAAGCUGCGAAAUAAACAUGAAGAUAAUAUGAAGGCGUUAUUUGAUAUGAAAGAAAUUCUGGAAAUUAAGCUAAAAUCUAAAUUAGACAUAGUUCAAAGAGGAUUGAUAAAGCAAAUAGAAUGUGUCGAUCGAGACAUUGAGGCACAAGUACGGAAAGCAACUACGUUAGAAGCGACAGUAUCGCAUAUUAAACGCGAGAUAGAAAAUAAAAAAGCGGACAUAAACUCGAAAAAACACAAAGUUGCCUUAAUUUGUGACUAUAAGAAGUUCGAUGAAACGUUACUAUUACAAUCAAAAAGAGUGAAGGACCUUCAAGAGAAGAGGGGAAUGUACGCACAUCAAGGUGCGGCCUAUAAAGAGUACAUGAAGCAGUUGAAGGAACCGGAUCCUUGCUGCCCUUUAUGUCACAGAGAUUUCAGCGAGAUUGAAGCCGUUGCAAAAUUAUUAAGAGAAAUGGAAAACGAAAUGGAAAAUCAUCCAAAUCGUUUACGAGAAUGCGACAAAGAGUUGAAGAUACAGCAAGGAAAAUAUGAUCAGAUGUUGCAAUUAAAACCAGUCGUCGAAAGCAUAAUACAAUUUGAGGAAGUUGAACUGGAGAAAUUAACAAAUAAUUUGGCGGAGUCUGAAAAUGAAUUGACUGUAUCUCAGACAACUGUGAAACAAUUGAAAACAACGAAAUUGGAACCUGAAAAGAAGUUAACGAUGUGUAAGAAUAUCAUAGGUGAUAUUAUGCUGUGGGACAGAUACAUUGAUGAAAUUUCUAAGCUAAAGAAUACAAUAGAUAAUUAUCAUGCUCGCAUGGCUGCUGCAGGUAUUGAAAUGAGACGUGGGAUUAAAGAGGCUCAAGCUCAAAGGGAAGAGUUAAAAGCAUCUUUAAAAGGUGUUCGCGACGAGAUUGAGAAAUUGCAAUCUGGCAUAAAUGCACAUAAGGACGAGGUGAACAAUGCUCGACAGGAGUAUAAUGCCUUGCACGAAGAACAGUUAAAAAUAAGAGCUAAUGAACAAAAAACAAAAGAGUUGAGACAGAAGCAACAAGAUUUGUACGUAAAAGAAAUUCGAAUCGGAAUAUCACUUGAUGUAUUAAAAAAAAAAGUAACCAUAGCAAAAAGUAAAUUGAAUUCAGCUAUUGACGAAUUGGAAGCUGGAAAGAAAAAAAAUUCGGAGCAACAGGAAAUUGAUAGACAGAAGCAAGCAGAAGAACAUAGACGUUUUUCUGAACUACGGAAAGUACAGGAUGAAAUUGAUGUUUUGCUACGUCGUGAAUUUCCUAAAUCUUUAAAAUCUUCUGAAUCAAAAAUUGAAGAAUGUCAUAAAUUGCUUAAGGAAUUGUCUGUUGAAAAACGUAACUUAGAAACCGCAAUUAACGAUAUAAAAGAAGAAAUUGCGCGUCACGAUGUUCGCAAAAGAGAAUUAUCGGAUAAUCUUAAAUUCCGAAAAGCUGAGGAGACAAUCGAAAAAUGUGAGCAGGAAUAUUUAAAAAUACAGCAACAAAUAAAAUCUAUAAACUAUUCAGAUCUGAAGAAGGAAUAUGAAAGUUUACAGACCGAAGAACAAUCUCUGUUACGCAACAGAGAUAAAUUAAAAGGGAAUAAAGAAGAACUGAAGAGAACUAUAGAGCAGUAUACUCAAGAAUUGAGGAAGGAAACAUAUAGAUUGGCACGACAAAAGUUUAAAAGAGUGAACAUCGAUUUAUGGGUUGCAAGCGAUGUUGUAGCUGGUUUGGAAGAAUACAAUAAACAGUUGGAUAGCGCCAUGAUUGAAUAUCAUGAGAGUCGUAUGAUGAAAAUUAACAAAAUCAUGCAACAACUGUGGAAAAUUGUAUAUACUGGGAAAGAUACGACGUCUAUACAAAUUCGUAUGGAUGCUACCCAAGGUGUAGGUACUCGAAAAAGAACCUAUAACUAUAAAUUGGUUCAAGUGAAACACGGCCAUGAAAUAGAUAUGAAAGGUCGAUGCAGUGCUGGUCAAAAAGUUUUAACAUCGAUCAUCAUAAGGAUUGCUUUAGCAGAAACAUUCUGCAAAGAGUGCGGGAUUCUUGCACUGGACGAGCCAACAACGAACUUGGACGAAGGGAACGCUGAUAGUUUAGCGGCUGCCUUAGAUAUGAUUGUUAAAUUACGAUCACAAUAUCAGAAGAACUUCCAGUUGGUUGUAAUUAGUCACGAUGAAAAGUUCCUACUGAAACUUGCUAAAUUAAGUACUAACAAGGGCUUCUAUCNUUAA